UCUGCCAAAACCUUUAGCAUGACGAUCAUGCCUCUCUUCUUCGUCCUCACACUCCUCUUCCCUUCCUCCUUCUCCCAAAACUACAGUUCUGGCCCUGUUGCUCCGGACCAUGCCUGCACCUUCACUACCGAUCCUUCCUUCUGUCAGUCUCUCUUGCCUAGCGAGUCCCUCUCCAACUUUUAUGGCUACGGCCAAUACCUUAUCAAGAAGUCCUUACAGCAGUCCUACGCCUUCUCUUCCCUCAUUAAUGAGACCAUAAGAGAUAAUGCCACCCUCACCCCUCAAGCAGCAGCUGCCCUCAACGAUUGUCUGCUUCUCUCUGAACUAACAACGGACUUCUUGAGCUCCUCCCUCUCCACCCUUGACUCCUGUGACACCACCAGUCUGGCCGAAGACCAGGCGGACCUGGUCCAUACCCUCAUGAGUGGCAUCGUCACCAACCAGCGCACUUGUUUGGAUGCCCUCACCCAGGCGUCCUUCUUGCGGAGGGGCCACAAGCUGUAUGCUCCGCUGAUGAAUGGGUCUCAGCUCUACAGUGUCUCCCUGGCCAUGCUCACCAAUUCCUGGGCCUUCAAGCACAAGAAUGCUAACCCCGGACGGCAAUUGCUUGACGGGACCAGAGUUGGUGAACAUGGUGUGCCUCACUGGGUUAACAGGAAGAUCUUCCGCUCCGGCUUCGGCCGGAGGAUGGCUCUGCAGACCGUGGGUAGCGUUGUGGUGGCUCAUGAUGGCAGCGGCAAUUACCGCACCAUCGGUGAUGCCAUUACAGCGGCUCCGGCCAACGACGGGAGCAAGGGAUACUACGUGAUCAACGUAAAGGCAGGAGUGUACCAGGAGUAUGUGACCAUACCCAAGGCCAAGAAGUACAUCAUGAUGGUAGGAGACGGAAUUGGCAACACCAUCAUCACCGGAAGCCGUAACGUCGUCGACGGUUAUACCACCUUCAACUCUGCCACUCUCUCUGUACUUGGUGAUGGGUUCGUAGCAAUCGGAAUUACGGUGAGGAACACGGCCGGUCCGGCCAAGCACCAGGCUGUGGCUGUUAGAAACGGCGCGGACCUGUCAACCUUCUAUAAGUGCAGCUUCGAGGGAUACCAAGACACCCUCUAUACCUACUCCAUGCGUCAGUUCUUCCGAGAGUGCGACAUCUACGGCACCGUCGACUUCAUCUUUGGCAACGCUGCGGUCGUCUUCCAAAACUGCAACAUGUAUGUGAGGCUGCCGUCUUCUGGGCAAUUCAACACGGUCACAGCUCAGGGGAGAAGCGAUCCCAACCAGAACACUGGCACCUCGAUCAUCAACUGCAACGUUGCGGCAACCUCCGACCUCGCCGGCCACUCCAACGUGAAUACCUACCUAGGCAGGCCAUGGAGGCAGUACUCCAGGACAGUGUUCAUGCAGUCCAACCUUGGUAGCUUGAUCAACCCGGCGGGUUGGACUCCUUGGUCCGGCAGCUUUGCUCUCAGCACUCUAUACUAUGGAGAAUACAACAACCGCGGUCCGGGUGCAGCUACCGGCGGCAGGGUCAAGUGGGCAGGGUUCCAUACCAUGAGCUCCAGUGAUGCCAGCCGCUUCACAGUGUCCAACUUCGUACAAGGAGGAAAUUGGCUUCCCAAGACAACCGUGCCAUUCACCUGAUCAUGUUGGGCGACAAGAUAUUCAAACGGCUACAAAACAUUAUUUUAUAUUUUAGU